AUGAAGAUGCUUCUCAAGUAUUAUGCUAAGAUGGAAAAGGAUGGCUAUGGAAUGACUCCCCUUCUGUCAGCCAGUGUGACAGGCCACACAAAUAUUGUGGACUUUCUGACCCAACGUGAACAGACUAGUAAAAUAGAAUGUAUAAAUGCUCUGGAACUUCUAGGAGCAACAUUUGUGGACAAAAAGAGAGAUCUGUCUGGUGCUUUGAAAUACUGGAAGCGAGCUAUGGAAAUGAGAUACAGUGAUAGGACUAAUAUCCUAAACAAACCUGUGCCACAAACACUGAUUAUGGCCUAUGAUUAUGCUAAAGAGGUAAACAGCUCAGAAGAGCUAGAAAAUCUUAUUGCAGACCCUGAUGAGAUGAGAAUGCAAGCAUUAUUAAUUAGAGAACGUAUUCUCGGUCCUUCUCACCCAGAUACAUCCUACUAUAUUAGAUAUAGAGGUGCUGUCUAUGCAGACUCUGGAAACUUUAAGCGAUGCAUCAACUUAUGGAAAUAUGCUUUGGACAUGCAGCAGAGCAAUCUAGAUCCACUGAGCCCUAUGACAGCUAGCAGUUUACUAUCAUUUGCUGAACUCUUCUCCUUCAUGCUGCAGGACAGGGCAAAAGGUCUGCUAGGCACUAUUGUUACAUUUGAUGAUCUCAUGGGUAUACUGUGCAAAAGUGUUGUUGAAAUAGAGCGGGCCAUGAAACAAAUCCAGUGCCCUCCUGAUCCAAUACAGCUCAACAAAGCCCUUUCUAUCAUAUUGCAUUUAAUUUGCUUGUUGGAGAAAGUACCUUGCAGCUCAGAACAGGAGCAUUUUAAGAAACAGACUAUUUACAAGUUUCUUAAGCUUCAGCCUAGAGGGAAGAAUAAAUUCAGUCCACUUCACCUUGCUGUUGACAAGAAUACUACAUGUAUGGGUCGCUACCCAGUUUGUAAAUUCCCCUCUCUACAAGUUACUGCUAUCCUGGUGGAAUGUGGUGCUAAUAUAAAUGUCAGAGACUCUGAUAACAACAGUCCUUUACAUAUUGCUGCACUGAACAACCAUCCAGGCAUCAUGAAUUUUCUUAUCAAGUCAGGUUCACACUUUGAUGCCACAAACUCACAUAAACAAACUGCUAGUGAUUUGCUGGAUGAGAAGAAAAUAGCAAAAAACUUAAUCUAUCCUAUAAAUCAUACUAUGUUGCAGUGUCUUGCUGCUCGUGUUAUAGUGAAUCAUAACAUAUGCUAUGCAGGGCACAUUCCUGAAAAACUAGAGAAAUUUGUUUCGCUCCAUAGAUAG